CAGUAUCAGGAGUUAUGGUAAUGGUUAAUAGAUCUUCCACCGUUAUUGCCACAUGCAAUGCAACUGCCCACUUCUUCUUCUUCUUCUUCUUCCUCCUCCGCCUUGGGAUUUGCUCGCGUAGCACUCGCUCCUAGGCGCGUCGCCAAGUCCUCAUCUGCUCUCCCGCCCGCCAGCAAAUGCUUUUCCCACCCCCUCACCUCCUCCUCCGCCUCUACUUAUACCCUUCCCUAUCGAUCUCCCGCCCUGACAGCGACACUGCCUAGUGGCAUGCAGCGCCAAGCUGUGAAUCGUACUCGGUCUGGCAUUCCGUCGAGCACCUUCUCUAUGGAUGACGACGUCCGCGCCAAGACCCGAGCUUGCGCCGGCGAGACCUCGGCCGCGGCGGCGUCCAGGAUCAUCGCCCAGUGGGCCACGCGGCGCCGCCAGGCGUGCGAGCAGAUGGUGCUCACCACGCUCGACCUCGACCGCCGCGACCGCGAGUCCGAGCUCCUCGCGCUCGCGCGCCUCCACGCCGUCUCAAUGCUCGACGCCUCCUUCCUCCGCGCCGCCGACGACCAUGUAGAAGUGGGCAGACACCGCGCGCGGUCGCCGGAGCGCGCGCUUGUAAGGCGGAUCGCAAGGGAGUGGGCGGCCUCCCCACGCGGUGCCGGCGAGGGCGCGGCGCGGGGGCGGGGCGAGGAGUGGAUGGGCGAGACCGAGCGUGAGCGGGUGCGCUCCGUGCGGGAGCGCGUCCGCAUGGCCAGCCAGGGCGGUCCCGACCAGAGACCCACCCGCGAUCGCGAGGGCGAGCCGCCCAGGCUGCGCGCCGACGCCGUCACGCGCAGGGCCAUGGAGCGGCAGCGCGAGCUGCAGGGCCUCUCCGAGCACCGCGCCGUUUCCGCAUUCGCUCACCGCGGCCGCAUUCAGUCUGUUCUCCGAGGUAGAUUCUUUCGUAGUGGAAGGCCUAUGAACGAUGAGAGACCAAUUUCUGUGGCAGCCAGAGAAUUAGGACAGCUUAGACAGAGUCAUCCUGACUCUAGAUUGAGGGAAGAAGUUCGCUUUCUAACAGAAAGGGUCACCAGCGAUCAGGCAACUUCAGGGGCAUUGACUACUCAAAACAGUUCUGCCAAUAAUGAGCAUGAUAGUGUAACACCUCAGGUUGCAAGUGAUGAUAACCAUCAUAUAGAAAAUGCAACUCGUAGUUAUGAAAUCCAGACACAUCAACCGAUGCAAGAUGAAGCUGUACAUAUCGAAAGCAUUGUACCUGACGGUAAUGAUGUUCUGCAAAAUGACUUUGCCCAGGAACAAAUACGCCAAUAUGAAGAGUAUUCAGAUUCAGGGUCCUCGGAACAGGACAGUGGGCAAUCUGGUUCUGCCUCUUCUACUGCAUCUAGCAGCAGCAUACAACAAGAAGCCGAAACUUAUGGACAACAAACUGAUUUGCAAUGGUCAAGGGAUAUAUCGGUUAGUGAGGAUGGACAUGACAGCGCCUUCCUACAUAGAGACGAGGAAUGGCAUGUUACAGAUUCUCUAGAAGGUGAACAGCUGUGGCAAUCAGGUCGAAGUUUCUCUUCUAGCAGAAACAUUAAUCGGUUUAGUCCACCGGAUGAUGAUGUUUAUGGAGUUGAGCUCAGAGAACUCUUAAGCAGGCGUAGCGUCUCAAAUCUUCUCAGAAGCGGCUUCCGUGAAAGUCUGGAUCAGCUCAUUCAAUCUUAUGUUCAAAGGCAAGAACAUGAUCCUCGUGACUGGGAUUUCGAUGGACAGAGACCAGCCACUGGUUUACUCAACCAAGAUCCUAUUGAACACAGGAUCGAUGAACCGAGUCGGGCUGAGAGUGACACCGCAGCCCAGCCUUCAGCUGCGUUACCUGGGCAAACACUUAUCCCACAGCAGCGGCAAUGGCAGAUUGAGUUGUCCCAUCAGAACUGGAGUCACCAAAGCAUGCAUCGGUCUGAAUUUGACUGGGACGCCAUCCAUCUUCUGCGAGACGAGUUGACUGGAGUACAGAGAGGAAUGACCAGCAUGCAGCAGAUGCUAGAAGCGUGCAUGGAGAUGCAGAUCGAGUUGCAGCGCUCCGUGAAACAAGAAGUUUCUGCUGCUCUAAACCGCUCUUUAACCAUUCGAGCUGAAGAAACGUUAGAGGAUGCAUCGCAGUGGAAACUAGCAAGGAAAGGAACCUGCUGCAUCUGCUGCGACAACCAAAUUGACUCCCUUCUUUACAGAUGUGGGCAUAUGUGCACGUGCUCAAAGUGCGCGAGCGAGCUGCUUCACGGGGUCGCCAAAUGCCCGCUGUGCCGGGCACCUAUAGUUGAAGUGAUCCGAGCCUACUGCGUAACGUAACAGGAGGAGCCUAGAUAGAAAGUAGAGGAGAGGGGUUAAUUUGACUCUGGAGGUUUUCAGUUCCAGUUUUGACUGCAGGAGCAGAUGUAUCUUAGUUUUUUUAGUUCUGAAACCAGUCUUUUGCAUUGUUUCUGUAGUCUCCAUGCUAAUGUGCCCUUGCAGAAACUUUUAAUCCAGUAGCCUUGUAAUGAAAUAAGUGAUCCGUGAGGUCAUAAACUGUACUAUCCUUCGUUGCA